AUGUAUAUGCGCCCCGGGUCGGGCAGGUCGGCGCUGCAGCCUGCGGGGCGGCGUGGGGGCGGCGGGUCUCAGGGCGUUCUGGACACUAUCAACAUGUUUAUUGGGACCACGAACGGAGGAAUGGCAAAGGCCUCGGCCGAUUGUGUUGGUGAAGCGGAGGGAGGAUUUGCCUCGGACGGAAGUGACAUCGCGGGAUUUAGUCACAUGCAUGACUCGGGAACUGGCGGGCUCAAGUCUGUUUCCUUGGGAAACUUCCCCAUCUUCCCCCAGUAUUGUGAGAAUAACGAUGUCUCGAAGUGCAAGUUUACCAAAAAGCAGCGCCUCGUCCCUCGUGGCGAAUUCGAUGCGUCCCCGGGCUACUUCGAUAUCACCCUGGCUGAUGGCAUACGAGGCGAGGCGACUGUUACGGCUCACACGGCAUUAUACCGGUUCACUUUCCCUAAGAACGUGUCUUCGACUGGAGAGCUUCUUCGGCCUGUCAUCACUCUCGACUUGAAUAACUUGGAUAACAAGCGAAGUGGACCCGGAAGUCUAUCGAUUGACGCAAAGACUGGCCAGAUAUCUGGAAGCGGGAUCUUUCUACCGAGUUUUGGUACUGGCCAGUACGAGCUGCACUUCUGCAUGGACUUCAGCAGUGCUUCCAGGGCGGAAACUGACAUAUGGGAAGGCCUCGGCUCGCUCGUGAAUAAAACGCAAGUGGAGUUCACCGGAUAUGCCGGCGGUGGUACAAUUUCGAAAUUUCAACCUCCAGGGAGCGAUUACGUGAUGGCCCGUGUCGGCCUCAGCUUUAUAAGUCAAGCUCAAGCUUGCCAGAAUGCCGAGUCCGAGAUUCCCAAUUUUGACUUCGAGAAGGUGAGAAAGGCCGCCAGGAAGGAGUGGGAAAAGAAAUUCGAUGUCAUCAAGAUCGCGCCAGGUGGGAUCGACAAGGACUUGGAGGUCAUCUUCUGGAGUGGCUUCUACCGGACGAUGUUGAGCCCCCAGGAUUACACGGGCGAGAAUCCUCUCUGGAAUUCCACGGAGCCGUACUUCGAUAGCUUCUACUGUAUCUGGGACUCCUUCCGGUCUCAACAUCCGUUUCUAACGCUGGUGGACCCCGACGAGCAGUCAAGAAUGGUGCGGGCUUUGAUCGAUAUCUGGAAGUUCGAAGGAAAGCUACCGGACUGCCGCAUGAGUCUUUGCCAGGGGCUUACUCAAGGCGGAUCGAAUGCCGACGUCGUCAUUGCCGAUGCGUAUGUGAAGAAGCUGGGCGGCCCUAUCGAUUGGGACUUGGCUUAUCGCGCAGUCGUCUCAGACGCCGAAGACGAGCUUGAUAGGUGGGACACCGCAGGCAGAGGGGGCUUGAACAGCUGGAAGUCUUUGGGCUACCUUCCUGUCAACGAUAAGAAUGAUCGUGGGCAGGGAUUGAAAACUCGCACCGUUUCGAGGACAGUCGAGUUCGCCUACAACGACUUCUGCAUUGCCGCCAUGGCCCAGGGCUUGAACCAUGGAGUAGACCAGAAAAAGUAUCUUCGAAGAGCCAGCAAUUGGAAAAAUCUGUUUAAAGCCGACCAGAAUUCAUCUAUUAAUGGUGUAGACACGGGAUUUAUGGGGUUCUUGCAGCCACGCGAGGCGGAUGGGACUUGGGUAUUUCAAAACCCCAUCAAAUGUUCCCCGCUUAUGGAUCCGCUCUCCUGCUUUCUCGAUAGCGGCGGGGGCGCGACCUACGAGGGUGCUUGCUGGCUCUACACCUUCUUCGCGCCACAGGAUAUGGCCGCACUCAUCUCUUUACUCGGCGGACCCGAGCGGUUUACAGAACGCCUGAACUUCCUCCACGAAAGUGGCCUGUCGUAUAUGGGUGACGAGCAGGCUUUUUUGACGGUUUUCCUCUACCAUUAUGCCGGCCGACCUGGACUCAGCUCCAAGCGCGCCCAUUCGUACAUUCCGAGCGAGUUCAACAACACUAUCAAUGGCAUCCCGGGAAAUGAUGACUCGGGAGCCAUGGGCUCCUUCGUCACCCUGACCAUGAUGGGUGUCUUCCCCAACCCAGGUCAGGACGUCUACUUCAUCACGCCUCCCUUCUUCCAGGAGAUCAGCCUCUUGAAUCGACAGACAGGCAAGACGGCAACAAUCCGGAAUAUCAACUUCGAUCCAGAAUACAAAAAUAUCUACGUCCAGACUGCGACGCGAGAUGGGGUCGCCUGGACCAAGAACUGGAUCGAUCACGGCUUCUUUCUUGAGGGAGGGGUCCUUGAGUUGACGUUGGGUCCCGAGGAGAGCGAGUGGGGCACGAAGGAGGAAGAUCUGCCGCCGAGUAUGAGCACGACAUGA